AUGCAACUUGAAAAUUUCGCAUUGACGCAGCGGGGAUCGAGCGUAGAAGGAGGAACAGAGAGCAUGAGCAAGGACAUCAGUGUCUCUGGUUUUUCGAUCAGCGUUGGAGGAAAAAUUUUGCUGGAGGAUGCAGAGCUUCUGAUAUCUGCGGGAAACCGAUACGGUCUGGUGGGUCCCAACGGGCAAGGCAAGUCGACGCUCCUCAUGCACAUCGCCAAGAAAGCGAUCGCGAUCCCCCGGCACAUCGACAUCCUGAUGGUGGAGCAGGAGAUCUCAGCGAGCAGCAAGACUCCCCUACAGCUUGUGCUCGAGGCCGAUGUCCAGCGGGAUGUGCUGCUGCGAGAGCGAGACCAGCUGGAAAAGCAGCUGGCGAGGAGCUUCGACAUGAAGAAGCAAGAGAGGCUGCAGGAGGUCUACUCCAACCUCAACGCCAUGCGCGCUGACGCCGCUGAGAGCGCUGCGAGACGCAUCCUGCUGGGAUUGGGAUUCCCCAUGGCGUGGCACGAGAGACCAUCGUCCUCCUUCUCUGGGGGUUGGAGGAUGAGAAUCUCCCUCGCCCGCGCCCUCUUCAUCCGCCCAACUCUUCUCCUCCUCGACGAGCCGACGAAUCACCUUGACCUCAAUGCGGUGCUUUGGCUGGACGACUACUUGAGAGGAUGGGAAAAGACUCUCAUCGUGGUCUCACAUGACGUGGAGUUCCUCAACUCCGUCUGCACUCACACCAUCCACCUGCACGAGCGCAAGCUCUACUACUACCGAGGAGGAUACGACUCUUUCCGCUCGCAAUUCGAAGCCAAGCAGACGGAGAGAACGCGAGCGUGGGAGAAGCAGCAAAAGACUCUCCGAGCCCUCAAGGCGUCUGGCAAGAGCAGAGCGCAGGCCGCGGAGACUCUGGCUAAGAAGGGGGGGAAGGGAGCUGAGAAAAGCAAGAAGGGGGGCAAGGGAGGCAAGGAAGAGGAGCAGAAGCAACCUGUGAUCCUCUCGAAGCCCAAGGAGUAUGAAGUUCGAUUCCACCUCCCCGAGCCUCCCGAGCUCUCCCCUCCCUAUCUGCAGCUCUGCGACGUGAGCUUCUCCUACGAGCAAGGGCCUCACGUCCUCACCAACGUCAACCUCGGCCUCUGGCCCGACUCUCGCGUCGCAAUCGUCGGGGCCAACGGCUGCGGAAAGUCGACGCUGCUUCGGCUCAUGCUGGGUGAGCUGACCCCCAGUAAGGGGGAGGUGAGGCAGAACCCGAAGCUGCGAGUCGGGAGGUACAGCCAGCACUUCGUGGACGUGCUGCCGCUGGAGCAGACGGCAGUGGAGCAUCUACAGGCGCUGGCAGCAUCGCACGGGAACUCGAUGCUAGAGGGAGUUCAAAAGUGCCGGCAGCAGCUGGGGCGAUACGGGCUUGAGAGCAGAGCACACGUGAUCGGGCUGAAGCAUCUGUCCGGGGGUCAGAAGGCUCGAGUCGUGCUCGCCUCCCUCGCGGCGUCUGUGCCGCACGUGCUGCUAUUGGACGAGCCGACAAACCACCUGGACAUCGAGAGCAUUGAGGCGCUGGGAGAUGCGCUGCUGGACUUCAAGGGGGCAGUAGUGCUCGUCAGUCAUGAUGCGCGGCUGAUCCGUCGAGCCAUCAGCAGCAGCAGCAAGGGAGAGAUCUGGGUGGUGGGAGACGGGAAAGUGACGCCUUUCCUCGGGGACAUGGACGACUACCAGCAGUUGGUGCUGACGCAGAUGGAGAAGAUGAUGGAGGGAUGCGAUACCAGGUGA